UUAUUUAGUUCAAUUGGUUCAACAAAGUUUAAAUUUAAAGUAUUCAAAUUUCCAGUACAAAAAUGAAUAUUCUGCAACUUACAUUUGCGAUUUUGAAGCCACACAUUACUAAAAAUCCCAUCGCACUCGAACAAAUAAAAUACAUAAUCUUAACCUCAAAAUUUAAAAUUGUAAAAUCAAAAAGAAAAACCAUUACGAUGCAGGAGGCCGAAGAAUUUUAUGUGGAACACAAACACAAAUUCUUUUAUAAUAGAUUGGUUACAUUCAUGACAAGUGGGCCUUCAGAUCUCUUAAUUUUAGCUAAAGAAAACGCUAUAAAAGACUGGAGAACUUUAAUGGGCCCAACGAAAGCUUACAGAGCACAUUUUGAAGCACCGGACAGUAUUAGAGGAAAAUUUGGUCUUUCCGAUACGAGAAAUGCUACUCACGGAUCUGAUUCCGAAGAAUCUGCCAGGCGAGAGAUUCGAAUAUUUUUCCCCGAAUUCGAUGUCGAUAAAUGGUACCGUGAAGAAGAACCGCUUUUCAGAAACGACAAAGUGGCUUUUUACGAGGAACGAUUUCUUCAUCAACCAAACACUUGAGUAUAAAUUAAAAAAUAAGACAUAACACCAUGUUCUUUUAUAUUAACGCUAAAAUUUGUACAAAUUAAUAAGUCAAUUAAAGUAUUUACAA